UUCACAGUUAUUAAAGAGGAAGCUCCUCCACCCACGCCCACUGUGACUCCAAAUGUCACUCGCUGACUGCCACUUCCUGCACUUGCUCUGGAUUUUCCUUACAAAACUCAGGAGCAAAAUCUUUGAGCUCUCAUUUUCACCAACGCUGCCACCCCGACUGGACUCGUCCUUUGCCCCCUGGCUGACUUUACCCCCCCAGGACUACAAUAACUAUAUUGCCUAUAAGGAUAAAUAGAAUACGGCUACCGGACUCUGAAAAUGAUGCGGCCCGUACAUAUUUUCCUUUAUCUGAUCUUUCUGACAUCAUGCACACAGGGUAUGACUGAGAGUUCUGGCAGGGGAAAAGUCCUUUAUGGUGGGACUGCCAAACUGAUGUGUUCUCCCUCUACAAACCUGAGCCUCCGAAAGGCAACAUUUCACUGGCAAAAGCAAAGGAACGAAGCUGAGCCCGUUUUUGAUAUGAAUGAUGGUUUCGAAGAGUCGCGGCACGUUGGGGAGAAGUACAAAAAUCGCACUAAGAAUGAAAACUGGGAUUUGUACCUGUACAACGUUACCAUCGAGGAUGAAGGACAGUACGAGUGCUACAUUACAAUAAAACAACCAUGGCGAAAACAUGUCCAUAAAUGUUCGUUCUACCUGAAAGUCAUUGCCAACUUUACUCCUACUGAAUCCCAUUCUCCUCCAAUACACAACAUGACACAAGGAGAAAACCAAACCCUGGAAUGUUCUUUAGCAGGGGGUUAUCCAAAGCCACGUGGGCUGAUGUGGACAGUGUUCAACAGCAGUGGAACCUUUACAAUGAAGGAGAAUGGCACUAUUUUUGAAGAUGCUCAAACCAGAUUAUACAACAUUUCCAGCAGAUUGUUCGUCCUGAUAGAUGGAAAUACCACCAUCUCCUGCGUGAUUCUGCAGGGAGAUCAGAACAGCGAUAUCUAUAAUUUCAAUAUUAUAGUAGUUCCAGAAAACAUUUCUACAACAGUCCCACCUGUAGUCCUACGUCCCUUUAUGGAAGUCUCUCUAUGCAUAACUACUGGCUUAGUUAUAAUAAUCUUAAUGGUGACCAUACUUGUGAAGUUUCUAAAGAAAAAGAGAAGGAGAACCUGUUGCACAGACGCCUGUAAAUGCCACACUCCUGUACGGCAGGCAGAGGAAAACACAGAAGAGACACUUCAUCAGGAGGAAGCAAUGGAGCUUGUCAAUGAAGGCCACCAGAAUGGAUCAUGAUAUUCUUCUACCUUGUAAAGUCCUUGUGUUUCCCAUGUUCUGACUGCGUAUCAGAAACAACCCUGAUCAGAAACAACCCUGCGAGUGGAUAAAUCCCCAGCAAUAUCUUCUUAAGGAACUGAAAUUUGCUGCACUAGGCUCUUCUUGAAAUUAUAUAUUUAGUAUUUCUUCUGAAAAGUUUCACAUAGCAGAGAACUGAAAUCAUGGCAACAAAAAAAAAACAAACAAAACAACAAUUCAGCUUCAUGAAACCAAAGUAUUGUUAGGAUACAUUUCGAGAUUAAAAAAAAAAAAAAAAAGUUGGGUUGUGAAAACUUUUGGUAUCAAACUUCAACAUUAAAAACUUAUUUUUUUUAGGAGAGAUGUUGGUAUGGCCAAGUUGCAUUAAAGAAAACUGAGAGCGUUGUUGUUGUGUUUGGCACCACAAACUCUCAGCAAAGCCAGAAGCUGAGGUGUGUUUAAGCUUGUUGAAGAGAACUAUGAAGACAUCUUCAGCAUAUUGCUGGAUAUCUCAGGGCUCACAUUUAUACUUUUACUAUACAGAAAUGUAAUAACCUAGUUCUCAAAAUUGUGCAACUUUAUUAACAUCUUUAUUAAAAAGAAUGUGAGGAAUGGUUCAACCAAGGAAGGGAAUAUAGUCACCUCAUAUGUAGGGUCAAAGAGCUGUUUCUUAGGAGGCUUGUGGCUACAGUAUGAGACCAGGAGCAUCAUCUAUGGAUUCAAAAUGCCUCAGCCUGACUUACCAUGUGGUGGUAAAUGUCCCUCCCAAAGUCAGUUUAAAUGCUACAUUUUUCUACUUAAUUAUGCUUAUAUGCAAAUAUCAAUGGUGUCAUAAUUCAUCUCAUUUGCCUAUGGACUAUUUUCCUGUGUUACCUGACUCUUCCAAGUUGACUAGCUAUGCAUCCAAUGAGGAUAAGAAUACAAUACCAAGGUCCAUGGAAAAACUAUAAGUUUUGGCCAGACAGCCUGAGCUUCACUAAAGCUUGACACCUUCUUAGAAGCUACUACUUCAGCAAAUACAAAGGGAAAUUUAAAAAUUGGAAAUCAUCAAGCAACACCAGAGUACUACGCAAAGGACUUCUGUUACAGUUUUUGUCGUUGUGGAAAAAAGGGAUCUGUAAACUGUGACAAUUCAACUUUUUCUUGAUUAUGACACCCAUUACCCUCAAGUAUCUACUGAAUUUACUGCCUGCUACGAUACAGCCUAAACAUCUCUAUACAGGGACUGCAGAAUCUGUUAGAACCAAGAUGUUCAACAUGGUGGCCUUCUGAACUUUUUUUUCUGAACAAAAAUGAUAGUCUGGAUAACCGCCAGGUUGCACAGCCCUUCAAAGCUGGUGCAUAGUGCACAUUACUGCUAUAAAUUCAUAUUUCAAGCCAUUCUACGGUGCCAUGACCAUUACUCUAGUUAAAGUAAAUGUAAACCCUCAACACAAAUGAAUUAUAAUAUAUAAUUCAUCAAAGUGGUCUUUUAAGCAAUUUUAAAAUAUUAAUUUUUUUAAAAAAAUUCAAAGAGAUAAGCAAUAUAUUGAAACCACUGUGCCAUCUGCUCAUCAGUUCUUCUGACCAUCCUGAUAGUCAGGUGAAAAAUAUCAGAAGAAGAAGAGCAGAGUCUUCUGAUGUUGCUCUUUUUACAAAAGAGUAGAGAAGAGUCAAUUGAUAUUUCAUCUUUUCUGAAGGCUCUUCUGCAUCUGAAGUGUUCUCCCACCUGGGAAGAACUGACCAAUAACCGAUGGUGCUGUUCUCUCAAAUUCAUUAGAUUGCCCAUGUUGAAAUGACUAAUUUGAACACUUUUAAAAAAGCAAGUAUGCCAAUUUUGGAUUCAUUUGCUUUGAGGGUUUACAUGUCCUUUAAUUUAUUGUUCUUUUUCAUACAGAUAGCUUUGGCAGUUAUACAAAUUUUGCAUAUCAUUUUCUGCAUUUAUUUAUGUUUAUAUUAGGUAAUUUUCUAAAAUUUAAAUUUUUUCAAGUUUUUUUUUUUUAUUACUUGCACCUUAAGUCAUAUAAGUCAGUUAAUCAUGUGUAGGUAUGAACUCAUCUGUCAUCUCAGGGGUAAGGGUACCUUCUGUUCCUUUCUGUCUCUAGACAGGUCCAAUCACUGUAAAGGAUGCUCUGGUUUCUGUUGAUGCACUUUCUAGAUGUAAGAGGCCCUUAUUACUCAUACUAACUAAUGUGAUACUCCGCAUGCAGCAUACUGUAAAUAGGGUAAGAAAAGGGCUGACUUUCACAAGGCCCUUGCACAGUAACUAAACCCAGCUGGGUAAUUUUACAAAAACAGAGAAGCACCCAUUAUUCUUACUUUGCAUGGUGUUUGGUUAGACAGGUAUGGAAUCCGUUAUCUGGAAACCCAUUAUCUAGAAAGCUCCAUAUUACAGAAAGACAGUCUCCCCUAG